AACUUUCAAAUGGAAUAAAAACAAAAUGAAAUACAUUUUAAGGAAAAAAGUCAAACUGAAAUAUUUGAUCAAACAUUAAACGAGUUUCUGUAAACUUUCUUAGAAAUUUUCAAAAGAGAAAAACAACGCCGAAAGUCUACAAAAGUUAAAGAUUCCCACGAUUAACACGAUCUCUAUAUAAACCAAACAAAUAGACUGUAAGGAAAUAUCAUUCCUACACAACCAUGGCCGACUCAACACCAGCGUCGUCUAAAGACAAAGGACUCUGGCGUGAUCUCGUUGCCUAUUGGAUAUUGGGUCUGUGCAACAAUUACGGUUAUGUUGUGAUGCUGACUGCGGCGCAUGACAUCAUUUCAAGUUUUGAAAAAGACGAAGAAGCAAAUCAAGAUGGGGACUUGGCAACGAACAGCACAGAACGGCGUUGCAAUAAGAUGUCCACCAGCACAGUACUGCUGGCCGAUAUUAUACCAUCGUUUCUAAUGAAAUUUCUAGCGCCCUUUAUGCCUUUCUGGGUCAACAUACGCAUGGGUCUCGCGAUAGGCUUAACGGUGUUCAGUUUCAUAACUGUUUCGCUGGCUAAAGUCGAGUGGUUGGCUUUCGUCGGUAUUAUAUUCACCUCGGCGAGUUGUGGUAUUGGCGAGAGCACUCUGCUGGCCUAUUCAUCCAGUUUUAAUAAGGACGUGGUCUCGACUUGGUCAUCCGGCACUGGUGGCGCGGGCAUUUUGGGCGCGCUCUCCUAUACGGUGCUCAUUGAUUUGAAAUUGACAUCACAACAAGCUAUGCUAGUAUUCCUGUAUGUGCCCACAUUAGAGGCUUUGGCUUUCUGGUUAUUACUGCGACACCCAAAGGAGGCGAUUGUGCGUACUGAGGCCGCCGAAAUGGUGCCGCAAGAUGUGCUCACAAUAAAAGAAAAAACGAUAUACUUCUUCAAGGACUUGCUGCCAUUCUUUAUGCCACUCUCUUUGGUCUAUUUUGCAGAGUACUUCAUCAAUAUGGGUUUGUACGAAUUGGUGUAUUUUGAGAAUAUUUUCAUUUCACCACCUACUCAAUACCGUUGGAUUAGCACCGAUUAUCAAAUUGGCGUAUUCAUUUCACGUUCCUCCGUCAAUAUCAUACAUUUCACCUUCAUCUGGCCGAUGGCGAUUUUACAAUGCAUCAAUGCUGUGGUCUUCACUUUGGAGGCGAUCUACUUUUUCACACCCAGCUUUUGGUUGAUCAUACUGUUUGUGCUGUGGGAGGGUUUACUCGGUGGUGGCGCUUAUGUGAAUACCUUCUAUCACAUGUCGAAAGUGGUGCCGGCCGAGCGUCGCCAAUAUGCCAUCGGCAUGGUGGCUCAAGCGGACUCGUAUGGCAUUAUUGCAGCUGGUAUGCUCGCGAUUCCAGUGCAUAAUCUAAUCUGUGAUAUUGAUGUGCAUGAGCGAAAUAGUUGGGGUUUGUUUUGAAUAAAUGGCGACUACUACGAGUGGUUUAGUUUUAUUUUGUAUUUUAGAUAAAACGUUUGAUUUUUGUCUUGCCAAUAGACUAAACGCAUAUAUAAAACAUACAACGGCUGUAGAUAUGCAGUUCUGUAUAUAUUG